UUGUUGACAUCGACUGGUUUGUUCUGGGAAUUGCCGCCAAAUUUGUGUGUUGUAAUGAAAUUCUGAAAGAAAAUUAUCUUCUUCAGGAAUCUUUAGGAGGCGUAGAGCCGCUGAAGACAGGAUGAAAGUAACCACACCUGAGAUAUCAUGGCAUGAACGAGAUCCGAUUUACAGUGUAGAUUUCCAACCAGGAGGCCAGAAAAUCCAGCGAUUAGCUACAGCCGGGGUGGAUAAGUUUGUUCGUAUUUGGCAAGUUACAGUUGGAGAAGAUGGAAAAGGAAAUGUUGAGUUCCUCUCUAACUUAAAGCGCCACACAAAGGCUGUUAAUGUUUGCCGAUUUUCUCCAGAUGGCGAGAUGCUGGCAUCUGCCGGAGAUGAUGCUGUGAUAAUAUUCUGGAAGCUGAGUGACCAGUCCACUCCGGCCAACAGUAUCUUCCAGGAAGAGGAAGAGGACAAUAAGGAGAGUUGGGUCACCCACAAGGUUCUAAGGGGUCACCUUGAAGAUAUCUAUGAUUUGAGCUGGUCAUCAGAUGGCAAGUAUAUGAUAUCUGGGUCAGUGGACAACAGUGCUAUACUCUGGGAUCUUGUGAAAGACCAGAAGCUGGCCAUGUUCAAUGAACACAAGAGUUUUGUGCAGGGUGUGACCUUUGACCCCAAGAACGAGUUUGUGGCAACCUUAUGUACAGACAGGUCCUGUCGUAUAUACAGCAUCUCCAAUAAGAACUGUGUACAAAGCGUCUCCAAGAUGACCCUUCCACAACCUCCGAAAGAAGAAGACACGGAAAUUAAAUCGGACGCUAAACCAGAGAAACCCAAGUCUUUCAGGAUGUUUCACGACGAUACUAUGCGCUCUUUCUUUCGGAGAUUGACAUUUUCCCCUGAUGGUGAGAUUCUGAUAACGCCGGCAGGGUGUAUGGAGCUCGGAGAUAAAGUGAUCAACUCCACCUAUAUCUUCUCUAGACACAACUUUACCAAGCCUGCUGUCUAUCUGCCCAGUCCUAAAAAAGCCACGAUAUGUGCCAGGUGCAGCCCACUACUUUACCAACUUCGUAAAAUUCAUCGUAAUGGAACAACAGACCACACGAAUAACAAUUUAAAAGAAUGGGAAAAAUAUACAACGCUAUUCUGUCUGCCCUACAGGAUAGUAUUCGCUGUAGGGACGGAGGACUCCAUCAUUCUGUAUGACACACAACAGACGACACCGUUCGGAUACAUCAGUAAUAUACAUUACCACCAACUCAGUGACUUAGCCUGGUCUUCAGACGGUCGAUUCCUGUUUGUUAGUUCCACGGAUGGCUACUGUACCAUGGUGGUAUUUGACGAGGGAGAGAUCGGAGAAGUGUAUGUACCAGAGGAAGCGUCCGAUCCAUCAGCGUUGGACAGUACCAGUGUCAAUACCAAAGAGGAGAAACAAUCACAGCCUAGUCCUGCCCCCUCCUCCAAUAGUUCCCGAAGUGAAGACCCUAUAACCAUGGAGACCGAUUCCUGUAGCAGUGAUCUAAAACUGAUUCUGGAAACGUCUAACGAUGAUCUACCAAAAGACUGUCAGGACGAUAGUGACGUGGUCACUCCUGUUGACAAAGUGUCACCCAGUGCUCCGUCCCUCCCAGCUGAUGGAGACAAGCCGAAAACCUCUAUAUCUGGCCUGAACAUCCGAUCUUCGUCUGGACGGCGGAUACAACUAACUACGCUGUCACUGAACAAACCCAAGUGACAAAGAUGAAUUCAUUCUAGGGAUAAUCAACAACAAAUUCUUCCUAGCCGGGAUAUUUUCAAAAAUAUUCGAACUUCAGUGUGAAAAUUUCUUGCAUAAGGAUUCAAGGUGUGUUUCAUCAUGAUCAGCAGACAAAAAGAAAACCGUGAAAAUAUUCACUUUUCUAAACUUUUGAUUUUAACCAGGAACCAGGAAGUAGGUGGAAGGAUUAUUGAGAAAGGAAUGUUUUUGAAAACACAAUCCUCGUAGCACUUUGUAUGACAUACAUACAGAUAGCAGGAAAAGACAAAUCUCGUGGUAGGAAGGGACAAACCUCGUAGUAGGAAAAGACAAACCUCGUAGUAGGAAAAGACAAAUCUCGUAGCACUGACAAACCUUGAGUAGGAAAAGACAAACCUCAUAGCACUGACAAACCUUGUAGUAGGAAAAGACAAACCUCAUAGCACUGCCAAACCUUGAGUAGGAAAAGACAAACCUUAUAGCACUGACAAACCUUGAGUAGGAAAAGACAAAUUUCUUAGUAGGAAAAGACGAACCUCGUAGCACUGACAAACCUCGUAGCAGUGACAAACCUAUUUCAGAUAGUAGGAUAAUUGCUUAUCACGUCACAUAUUCUGUUUUCUCAAAAUCUACUUCAGAAGUGAAAUGUCAAAAUAUUCACAUUGCUGAACAGGUGUUUAUAAAUUUAUUUUUUUAACGGUAUCGGGCAAAAUUGGAAUUUGAGUCUAUUCCUUCUUUUUUUCUUGCUAAGUUCCAAGGAAUGAAUUCUUUUCAUAAGGAAAUCUGAAGGUUUUGCCAAUUCCAAUCCCUUUUACGUUUCUAUUUGACAGAAUCUGUCUGCAUUUUGGCAGGACCAUGCUUUCUGCGUUCCGCCAUUUUGUAUUGACAUUUAACCCGCCCGUUGCAUUGUGGGACUAAUUUGCAUAGAAACUUGCUCCGUCGGACCCAGUUAUCAUUUUUUGGAAUUUCCCCUAUACUUUCAUAAAUACACAUUUUCCUCAAGUUUUUGAUUCACGAUAAUUUGAUAGGUAUAUAUUAAUCCUGAAAACUGUAAAGAGGUCUAAAUGUAAACAUAUAUAUAUAUUCUUUGGGAGUUUGGGGCUUUAAAAACUUGGUUGUGUGCUAAGUUUAUGGUUUAAAGGUGUUAAGUUCAAAGGUCAAUUCACCUUAAUUCUGUCAAGUAUAAAGUGUUAACAUACUAGUAGUGCUGACUUAGACGUUCGGGGCCGCAGUGGCCGAGUGGUUAAGGUGUCCCGACACUUUAUCACUAGCCCUCCACCUUUGGGUUGCUAGCUCGAAACCUACGUGGGACAGUUGCCAGGUACUGACCGUAGGCCGGUGGUUUUUCUCCAGGUAGUCCGGCUUUCCUCCAUCUCCAAAACCUCAAAACAAACCAAACCAAACUUAAGACGUUCUCAACCAUCAUUGAUAAAAUUCCAUUAUUAACUCGUAAAUGUUCACCACAUACUUAGGGACUGAUCCAGUAUAUUUAACAUAACUUUGUCACAAAAACGGCAGGGACUGAUCCAGUAUAUUUAACAUAACUUUGUCACAAGAACGGCGUACAGUUUUCUUUGUAUAUUUUGAGAAAAAUAUCUAUAUAUUUGGAAUGCUGGUUUCAGAUUUAUUCCAAGCUUUGAAGAUCUUGGUUUGAAUUUAUUGGAAACGAUAUACAUGUUUACAUGUAUUUACAGCAAUCAAUAUUUUCCAUAAUUGUAUAUUUUAUAUUUUUAUAUUUCAUCAAAUAUUAGAUUUUUUUAAAACAUGUGAAUUGAUAGAUGUUUUUGGAUUGGUAUGAUGGAACAAACAAGAUUUAAUCUUUCAUUAAAUUUUCUUCCAGGUCUAAUAUUAUCCUCGAGACUCGGGUUUUGAGCAUUACUUUACCAAUGUUUGAGUAUUACACAAAGCUUACCACAGGCGCCUGGUAACCUCUAACUUCUUAUAGACAAAUUUGAGCAUAUUAAACUUUUCAAUCACAUUUAAAUGUUCGAUGGUGUCACUAUAAUACCUCUAUCUCAAAAAUUCAUCAUGAAAAUAAAUUAAAACAUGGGACUGAUAGAGACUGCCCAGUAUAUAAACAGUAUGGUGUUUUCUUCGUCUGUACAGUAUUUCACACUUUAAACAGCCCGCCCUGUCAAUGUUCGUUAUCUUGGUGUGAAUUAGUAACUGUUUAUAUCGGACAUAUCAUCUUGCACUUUAAGUACAGUUGUCAUCAAGUUUAGAGUUAUAAAUAAAGGCAUGAUUUAAUAUUUCCUUCCGUCCAGAAUCGGACAGAACAAGCAUCAAAACAGUGCUUAGGAAAUGAGAGGUCACAGUCAGUGAAAUAAUGUCGGAUUAUAGAUCGGCCGACCAGCGGUCUCUUAUAUCGUGUUUAACCAUUGUUUUCAUUCUGCCUUUUGAAACUAAUGACUUUUUACCCGCAGUAAGAUAGAUAUACAUUGGGGCCGGGUUGGCCAAGUGUUUAAAACCUGCCACGUCCUUUAAUGACCCCUGGCCGUUAAUAGGACGUUAAACAAAAACAAAGAUAUACAUUGUAGGACCAAAAAGAACUAGGAAGUACCAUGAUCUUUCUAGAAUCUCCUGUGAAUCUAAACUCAAAACUUCAUAAAAAUUGAUGAAGUGGAGGUUUUUGAUAAUUACUGAGCAUUUUAGAGUAUUUUUUAAAAACAUUUUAUUAAAGAAAGUCAACUGGAUGAGAUAACACAGCAUGUACAAAUCAUCCCAACAAGUAAAUUAAAGUGCUAUUUAUAUACUGACCUUCAACUGACCUUGACCUUUGUCUAUCUGGUAGUAUACGAAGGGAAUACACAUCCUAUAACCACGUUAUCAGAUCAUUAAUACGUUUAGCACAUUUUCAGAGAAUUACUUUCUUCAUCGUCCUAUAUAGUUUUCACAGGAACUGCUAACUUAUUUGACUGUAAAUAUUCGAGAAUCUGAAUCUAUACCACAAAGGAUUUAAAACAUUUUAAAAAUGAUGUUAUUGACUUUAUAUUGACGAUUACAAUGCCAAGGUUUUUGGUGUGUCAUGUCAUUUCAGAGAUUCUCAAAUAAAUAUAUAGUUUGUAUAUAA